ACACGUGUCAUUAUAACACUCCAGGUUGUGGAUGAUGAGGGUGAGAGAUGGUACCAUCAGUACCAUGUAUUGAGUCACUGGGUACACAACCUCCACUCCUCACUCUCCUCAUUUAAUACAUUCCAACUUGCUUUAUCACAAUGGCAUGGUCUGCACUGACUGGAAGAACAUCAAUGAAGAUUGCUGGAAAAGGCCUCAAAAUACUUUGGUGGAAGUUACAACCAUUAGUUGUUGCAGCUGUUGUUGUUGUUGGUGCCAUUCGGAUCACCACAUACAUUAAAAGGCAGAAUAGAAGGAAGAAGUGGAACAAUGCCGGUAAGGAUUUUGUGGUGUUGCACAUGUUUCCACGUGGACACUUUAGUCCAAGUCUCUCUCCAUUCGUGGUAAAGCUGGAGACCUAUCUGCGGAUGGCUGAGAUCCCCUACCAGGUCGAUUAUGAUGAGCCAUUCGGACCAAAGGGUAAAUGUCCAUGGAUUACACUCAAUGGGGAAGAAAUAGGAGAUUCUCAGCUGAUAAUGGAGAGGCUGGGCUCAAUGUAUAACAAGAAUUUCAGUUCUGCUUUAACGCAGGAACAGAAGGCGGUUGCUCAAGCCAUGAGAAUAAUGGUUGAUGAACACUUAGUUUGGUGCCUAGUAGUUUGGCGCUACAUUGUUGAUGGUGGUCGCUCAUUACUGGCUUGCAUGGAGUGGCCUCGUUUUACACGCCUUUUUAUUCCAAGAUUAAAGUAUAAAAUAGAAAAAGUAGCCAAAUUGCAAGGUAUUGGGCGACAUAGCAGCACUGAAGUAGAGGAGAUGGGGAGGAAAGAUAUAGCUGCACUCUCUGUUUAUCUCGGGAACAACCAGUACAUGAUGGGUGAUAACCCAACUGAGUUGGAUUGUUCUGUCUUUGGCAUGCUCUCGCAAAUUGUCUGGAAUUCUCCAAACUCUCCAUACAUCAGGAUGUUCAACAGCGAAUUCACCAAUCUUAAUGCAUACUGCCAACACAUGAAGGAAAAGUUUUGGCCUGACUGGAAUGAGUGCCUUAAACCACCGCUGCCCAGCUCUCAGUAGCAGAUAUCUUGAGAAAGGCGAAUGUAAGUUAUUGCAUAUUGUAAAAUGAAGAAAAUGUGGGCAUUGCAUAUAAUGAAUUCUAGAAAGAUUGUAGUGCCAAAUUAUUAUUCAGUUUUGUUGCACCGUUUUAAUUAGAGGUUGGAAAAAAAAAGUUUAUUUUAAAUGUUGCAAGUUCUUGAAUAUUUAGCAUUGGUAAUGUUGCCAUGUAGAAAACUGCAGAAAGACAGGUAUAAGAGUACCAUGGUAUAAUUUUGUUUAUAAAUAAAAUUUAGCACGUUUAAUUUUUUUUU